AUGACUUCUCCAUUUGACUCAAAUUAUAUCUCCCAGCUUGAGAUACGCUUCCUACCCGUUUCGCCGCUUGUCAUAUCGUCGGCAUCCUUGAUGUUUAGCUGGUCACAGGACAUCUCCUUUGGUGCUUUCUUACACCCAUCCAUACGUAACGACGUCGCCCACCCUAACGGCAAGUCCCUCCCACGAUACCUGCCUGCUUUCAUGGGUCUUAGUAUCUGGGGCAUUGGGAUAACCUACCCCUCUGCCACUGUAAUUUGUGUCCUCAAUGGUUUAAGCCAACAGAGUUGGGAGGCUUGCUACCUGUACUUGACCGGUGUGCUCUUUAGUAUCGCUCCCGACACCGCGUACAAACACUGUGAGUGA